AUGUCGGACGUCACAGCAUUGACCGAGCUGUUUUCUAAGGUUCUCAAAAUCCAGCCUAGCAACGACGAUAUCCUGAAGGAGAUCAAGUUCGAAUCUUUCACGGCGUCUCAGCAGGCUCUGAUUCACCAAUCCUUGACUCUGUCGUCUCGCUUGCCCGAGUCGCUCCCCGAGAUGAACGAUGUGUUGCGCCAAAGUACGUACAUGUUGAACACCCAGAAGCCGACUGAGAUUGACUCGGUUGUUUUUGGCCGUGCCGAGCGUUUUGUGCGCAAGUUCUCCAACGAAGAUGCUGUAACCCACCGCCAUGUUGUUCGUUGGGCAGACCUUGUUCAGAACAGAUUGAAAGUUGACGAUAAGAUUGCAUUUGAGCUUGAUCUCGCGGCUCCUCGUGAGAUCAAGAAGAAGGAGACCAAGGACGCAAAGGACGCAAAGCCCAAGGAAUCUAAAAAGGAGGUCAAGAUCAAGGAGGAGACCAAGGAAGCCAAGCCCGAGGACGCCAAGAGCGCUGAGGACGCCAAAAAGGCAAAGAAGGAGAAGAAAGAAAAGGCCAAGGCCAAGAAGGAUCCCGUGGCUGCUCGUCCAGUUACUCCGGGUAUGAUCGAUCUGCGGGUGGGUUUCAUUCAAAAAGCUGUCAAGCACCCCGACGCCGACUCUCUGUAUGUUUCGACUAUCGACGUCGGUGAGGACGAGCCUCGUACCAUCUGCAGUGGCUUGGUUAGCUAUGUGCCUAUUGAAGAUAUGCAGCAGCGUUAUAUUGUUGUUGUUGCUAAUCUCAAGCCGGUCAAGAUGCGCGGUAUCUCUUCCAAUGGUAUGGUUUUGUGCGCCAGCAACAAGGAAGACGGUGUGGUCGAGUUUGUUAACCCCCCCGCUGAUUCCAAGCCUGGCGACAAGCUGUUCUUCGAGACCUACGAUGAGGAGCCCGAGGCCCAGCUCAACCCCAAGAAGAAGAUCUUCGAAACCAUCCAGCCCAGCUUCUCGACUAACGAAAAUCUCGAGGUGAUCUUCAAAAAGGAGGGCGAGCCUGAUCGUAAACUUAUCAACAAAAAGGGCGAGGCUCUCAAAUGCUCUACUCUGGUCGGUGCUAACGUUAGUUAA